UUGACAUUACACACAUCUACCAGCCAAAGUAAAUACAUCUAUUGAACUAAAGGUGCUCAGUAAUUGUGAUGUGAUAAAUCAGUGGGAUGGACGGUCCGCUCCCACGGUAAGAGGCGGAUACAGUAUUGAUAUAAAUAGCCGAAUCAUUUCAUCACUGAUCAUAUCGUCAGUUUAAGUGAGUUGAAUCUCAAGCUGUGAACAAUGUUUGCUCGAGGAAUCAUCGUCCUUCUCUGCGUCCUAGUGGCCAUAUCUGAUGGAGCAAGAAUGGCAAAUUGCAGGCACUCGUCUAACAUGUGCACAAUGCAAUAUUCACCCGUGUGUGGAUCCAAUGGAAUAACAUACGGCAAUGAAUGCAUGAUGUGUGGUGCCAUCAAGGCAUCAGGCACUCAAAUCUUGGUCCAGAAGAUAGGCCCAUGUGGAGAAACACAGGAAUGGCAACAGGCUUGACAGACCUUUAGUCGGCUACUCAAGUCUCAUUCAUUAUGACCUGAAUGUGUAAUGGUUUAAUCCAUAAAUAAAUGUUGCAUAUUGAAGC